AUGUCGACGAGGCAGGACGAGAGGUUAAUCAGUGCCCUCGAAAGUACUGGAGUCCAGCCAGCUCUGCCAGUCUCCAAUGUACUUGUCGCUGCUCAGACAGACGCGGCUAAUAUCCGGGGAAGCUGUUGUGCUCUACUUCUCCAACGUCGCAUCGGCCUCGCCUCCUCUGUGAUCGCUGCACCAGAAGAGACAACGCCAGGAACAGGGUGUGAAUUAAUGUGGAGCCGUACCAGGAUAAAGUCAAGGUGGUGUGGUAGGGUUCCUGGCUUUCAACGUUGCACCGGUAUUGGUAGACUCAGGAAUACAAGAAACGGCGCCGGUCAAUCCAAUCGCCUCAUCGUUGCAGACAAAUUCCUAUCUAUUGCAAGGAAUGUUCCUGUGAUUUCCGUAAUCAUCAGCACGAACUGCAACGGCUUCAUUGGCCACGAGGGGUUUGCAGUAGUCGUCAAUUGCUGGAGGUAUCUAGUUCAAGGGAUAGCGUAG